GCACUUCCGUGUUUACACACCCACAAAGGCAGACUGGAGUCCAGCGGCUGUCGGGCGAUGUUUACCCUGCGAGCGUAGAGUGGUGGUGAGGAAAGUGACAGUCACACAGGAGAGGUGCUGAUCACAGGUAAUUAGGUUCUGCUGCCCUUUUCUAAAGCGGAAUGUUCACUCGAAGGGGGCAUGGAGAUGUCAAGAAAUCUACACAGAAAGUUUUGGACCCAAGGAAGGAUGUAAUGACCCGGCUGAAACACCUUCGGGCUCUGUUAGAUAUUGACAAGAGUGAACUGAAGGCAUUCUUUGAGAGUAACAGCUCUCAGAUUUAUUUUAUCUUCUAUGAAAAUUUCAUUUCACUGGAAAGCAACUUAAAACAGAAAGGGAACAAAUCUCAAAGAGAAGAGCUGGACUCUAUCCUCUUUAUUUUUGAAAAAAUUUUGCAGCUUUUGCCUGAGAAAAUCUACAAUCGUUGGCAAUUUCACAGCAUAGGAUCCAUACUUAAAAAACUUCUACACACUGGAAACUCAUUCAAGAUCCGUUGUGAGGGCAUCCGGCUCUUCUUGCUGUGGUUACAGGCCCUGAGGGAAAACUGUGCUGAAGAGCAGUUUCUUAUCUUUGCCUGUCUGGUACCAGGCUUCCCUGCAGUGCCCUCCUCUCGAGGACCCUGCACUCUGGACACCAUCAUCUACAAUCCUUUCUCUACCCCUCCAGAUGCAAAGGUGGUGCCCGAGGAGAUAACACCACUUGUACCAGCUGUAGUGGGAGAAAAGGUUGCUGACGAUCAGACCUGCUCCAUUCUUGAAACAUUGCUCAAGUUUAUGGUCAUUCAGGCAGCCAGUUUAGAAUGGAGGAACAAAGAGAACCAGGACACUGGAUUCAGGUUCCUCUUUAGUCUGUUUAAGAAGUACUACCUGCCACAUCUCUUCCCCUCUUUCACCAAGCUCACCAAUCUGUACAAGCCUUUAUUAGAACUGCCUCACCAUAGACCUAAACCCCUGUAUGUGCCAGUCACCCGGAAUAAUGAAAGCACCUUCUGCACAAGGGACCAGUACCUGGCUCCUCGUGUGGCCUUCAUCACCUGGCUCGUCACCUUCUUUCUAGAGAAGAAAUAUGUCAGCAGUGCUGCCACGGUGCAGAGCGCCAAGAAUGGCACAGAGGUUAUUAAACUCAUCCAGACUGUCACUGCAGGCAGUGGCAGCCAAGAGAAGGAUAAGACUGAUGGGGACACAAAUGGACCAGUGGGAGAGCCUGAGAAGAGCCACUCCAACAGCAGUACUCUGUCCAACAGAAGACCCAGUGACUCCAGUCUGUGUAGCAUUGAGGAGGAGCAUCGGCAGGUCUAUGAAAUGGUGCAUGGAAUUCUGCUCUCCACCAGGGAAAAUGUGAAUUUUGUUAAUGAGGUCUUUCAUCAGGCCUUUUUGCUGCCAUCCUGUGAGGCAUCUGCUACCAGAAAAGUAAUCCGUGUGUAUAGAAAGUGGAUUCUGCAGGAAAAGCCAAGCUUUAUGACAGAACCUGAAAAGAACACACAGGGGGAUGAAGUGGAUGAAGGCACAGCACAGAUCAUCACUGCAGAUAAUAACAGCAUGCAUGUACAGGUGGAGAAUCUUGGCCACAGGCGCUCAUCCAGCUGGGGCAGAACAUAUUCAUUUAGCAGUGCCAUCAAUCGGGGUUUCCUCACUGAGGAACAGAACAGAGACAUCAAGGCUGGUAUCCAGCCCACACUACAGGUCUUCCUGACCAACUCAUCUAAUGUGUUCCUUUUGGAGCCUUGUCAGGAUGUCCCUAAACUGUUGGAAAACCAGGUGGAGGUUUGCAAAGGAGUUUUAAGUAUAUAUCGCCACAUGAUUAUGGAGCACACGAUGAACACACAGACAUGGGAACAACUGCUGCAGGUGUUGCUGAGAAUCACAGAAGCCGUGAUGAAAAGGCCUCAUGAUAACCAAAGAAAAGACUGUUUUGCUGAACGUUUAGCAUCUAUUCUUUUCAGAACCAUCAUUGUAGCAUGGGUGCGAGCCAACCUGUGUGUAUUUAUUGCCCGGGAGUUAUGGGACGAGCUGCUGGCAGUCUUGUCCUCUCUCACCUGCUGGGAGGAGCUGGUGACUGAAUGGGCCAGCAUAAUGGACUCUCUAACAACUGUGCUGGCUCGAACUGUUUAUGGUCUGGAUAUGAACAACCUGCCUCUGGACAAACUCAGCGAACAGAAAGAGAAAAAGCAGAGGGGACGUGGGGUUGGCCAUGACUCUCAGAAGUCUGCAGCAGUGGCACGCUCCUUCUCUCUGAGCUGGAGGAACCAUGGUGAGCAGAGCGUGCCGGGGGCCCAGGAACCAAUGAGAAUUCGCUCUGCAACAACAUCAGGAGCUCCUGGUGUGGAAAAAGCUCGCAACAAUGUCCGGCAGAAAGCCAAUGACUUGGAGGAGUGUCAGCUAUCAGAAUGUGGUGCCGAGGAAGAGCUUGAAAACAACGAGAGUCCACUCCCACGAAGCAGCAGUACUUCUGAUAUCACCCAGCAACUUUCUGAAUCUAUACAAGGCCAGAAGAGAGAUUAUUCCCCGCCUUCCAUAGGCUCUGAAAGCAGAGUGUCUGACGGCCAGAGAGAAAACAGUGACCCACCCUCGAUAUUUAUUCAACUGAGUAGUAGCCCAGCCGAUACAGAGAGCAAUACAGAUGAUCAUACAGCUUUUAUAAGGCCCAAGCUCAGGGAGAAAAGUGAAAGUGUCAGCAGUGAAACAUCCAAUGGCUACCUCAAUGAAGCCGAGGUGACAUGGCAGGCCUUUGAUGAGGAGGCUGACACCCAGUCCACCCAGUCCACACACAUGGAUGUAACCACAGAGCCACAGAGCCAGGGAAGUCUGCUCCUCAGCCACUCUGAAGCUCUAGCAGGACCUGAGUGUGCUCUCCAUUCUCCCUCAACCCCUCAGUCCUUCCACUACCCUCUGAAUCCCCCUGCCUCACCUGCCCUGUUAGUGCACCCUGAGUGCCCACGGGACUGCUCCCUGGACAACCCCAUGCAUCAGUCUGUCUUACACAUGCCACAUCAUUUGGACAGUAGUGAAUGUUUAACUGAUGAUGUCAGCAUAAUUGCUGGUGGUACUCUCACUGGUUGGCACGCAGAUUCUGCCUUCGUCCUGUGGAGAAGAAUAUUGGGCAUUCUCGGUGAUGUAAAUAAUAUUCGAUGCCCUAAGAUUCAUGCCAAAGUCUUUUCUUAUCUUUAUGAACUUUGGCACAAGUUGGCAAAGAUUCGAGACAAUCUUGGCAUUAGUGUGGACAACCAGUCUUCCCCUCCACAACCACUGUUCAUCCCUCCUCUCAGAAUGAUGGCAUCAUGGUUGUUUAGGGCAACCAUGCUUCCAGCAGAGUACAAGGCGGGGAAACUGCAGGCCUAUAAGCUCAUCUGUGAGAUAAUGACCAGGCACCAGGACCUGCUUCCAAACAGUGACUUUUUGGUGCAUCUUUACUACAUAAUGCACAAGGGUUUUACAAGCGAUGACCAGGAUGUUUUGAACACAAUCAUUGGAUUUUGUUCUCCUCGAUUCUUCUUUCUUGGACUGCCAGGCUUCACAAUGCUGAUUGGAGACUUCAUUAUGGCUGCUGCUAAUAUUCUAGGUUCUGACUCCCUUGAGGCGCCCAGGGUGGAGGCACAGACAAUCUUGGGUUCCCUUGUGUGUUUCCCAGACCUUUACCUCCAGAUUCCAGUACUACAGAGUAUCAGAGGCUCAGAUGAUAUAGUAGUUGGGAAAGAAGAUAUCAAAGAUUUUCUGGUAAACAUCCUUCUAGAGUCUGCCAGAAAGGAGCACUGUGAAGGAGCAAGAUGUAUUGCUGUGUGCAGUUUGGGUCUGUGGAUAUGUGAGGAGUUAAUGCAAAAGAAAAUACACCAUCAAGUCAAAGAUGCCAUCAACGUUUUGGGAGUAACACUAAAAUUUGGGAACAAAGCUGUUGCACAUGUAGCCUGCGAUGUACUGCAGUUGCUCAUCUGUCACUGGGAACAUCUCCAGAAGUUGGAUACUGCACUGCCAAAGAAAAUCAUUGAGAUCUUUGUGGCCACAAUAGCCUUUUUGUUACCCAGCGCAGAGCACUCAACAGUGGAAGCAGACAAAAAGUUACUGGUGUCUCUGUUGCUGUGUCUGUUGGACUGGUGUAUGGCUGUUCCCCUGAGCCUGCUGCUUGAACCCAUCACCAUGCCAACAUUAGAUGAGUGCAAUGCUCAGAAGGCCCCCAUUUUGGACUACAUCUACAGGGUACUGCACAGUUGUGUGUUCGGUUCCAAUCUGUACACCCAACAGAGCCACUACCUCCUGAGUUUGUCAGACCUGUCGACUGACUAUGACCUCAUGUUGGGUCAAGUUAAGAGCUGUGAGCCCGCACCCUCCCAGGCAACCACCACAGAUUUUGGAAAUCUACUGACUGUUGCAGAAGAAAAACGUCGGCGAAACAUGGAGGUGAUUCCUCUUACCGCUCGCAUGGUCAUGACACACCUGGUCAACCAUCUUGGCCACCACCCUCUCAGUGGUGGCCCAGCACUUCUGCACAGCCUUGUCAGUGAAAAUCAUGACAACCCGUUCGUGGAGUCAUCGGAGCUCUCCUCUGAGGUCUUCAAAAGCCCAAACCUGCAGUUGUUUGUCUUUAAUGACAGCACUCUGGUGUCCUAUCUACAAGUCCCUGCGGACGAGCACACCAUUGGCCAGCCCCCAACUUCCUCCUCCCAUGUACGGGUAAUUGUUCGGGAUAUCUCAGGCAAAUACUCCUGGGAUGGUUCAGUCCUUUACUGCACUAACUAUGAAGAUUCUGUUGAUAUAGGCACUAUAAAUAUCCCCCUUUCACCCACUACUAGACUCAGUCAAAGUUUGUCUCAUUCCACAUCAAGAGGAAGUUAUAAAAAACAGCAUUCAUUUUCGAACUGUAGUGACGACCAGGAGCUAGACAUCCUUGAUAAGCUUUUGGAGGAUUUAGGGUACACCAGCCCAGAGUGCCUGCCCCACCCGCAGCUUAAGCUCAAUCAGCCUGCUCCUUCACCCUGUGGCAUGAAUCUGGAACAAGAGGGAGCCAUUCUAGAGGCCAUUCUUAAGCAAACUCAGCAGGAAGAGGACCAGGUGAGAAAGUGGGAUGCAGACGUAAGCUAUAGGGCCGCCUUCCAGAGAGAACCCUCCCACCAGGAGCCCAAAGCUCCUUUCUACUUCUGCCGGCUGCUUCUCAAUGACCUUGGCAUGAACUCAUGGGAUCGCAGGAAAAGUUUCCAUUUGCUAAAGAAAAACUCCAAACUGUUGCGGGAAUUGAAGAACUUGGAUUCAAGGCAAUGUCGUGAGACGCACAAGAUCGCUGUGUUUUACAUCGGUGAAGGUCAAGAGGAUAAGUGCUCAAUCUUGUCUAACUGCGCUGGCAGUCAGGACUAUGAAGAUUUUGUUUCAGGCCUUGGAUGGGAGGUGGACCUAGCCACACACUGUGGCUUUAUGGGUGGGCUUCAGAGGAAUGGCAGCACAGGUCUAACAGCUCCUUACUAUGCUACCUCCACCAUGGAAGCCAUCUUUCAUGUCUCAACACGAAUGCCAUCAGAUUCCGAUGAUUGCCUCACCAAGAAGCUGCGUCACCUGGGAAAUGAUGAGGUGCACAUAGUGUGGUCGGAGCACUCCAGGGACUACCGCCGCGGCAUCAUCCCUACCGACUUUGGAGAUGUGCUGAUAAUCAUCUAUCCAAUGAAGAACCGUGUGUAUUUCAUCCAGAUAAUAAAGAAGCCACAGGUUCCGUUCUUUGGCCCCUUGUUCGAUGGUGCCAUCAUUACUGGGACCCUCCUGCCAAGCUUGGUGCGCGCAACGUGCAUCAAUGCCAGUAGAGCUGUCAAGUCUCGGCUCACGCUCUACCAGAGCUUUUAUGAGGAGCGGGCACUCUACCUGGAGGCUAUUAUUCAGAAUCACAAAGAAGUCAUGACAUUUGAAGACUUUGCAUCGCAGGUGUUUUCGCCCUCUCCUGGAUAUCCAAUGAGUGGGACAGGCUCCUUCACUGGCAGUGCGAGUACUGAGGCCAGCUCUACCACUGCAGCCACAGACUCAGUCUGUGACCAGAUGUCACCCACUCUGCCCCGUGCCACAAAGCAUCGAGUUUCUGGAAAACUCCGCCGCUCAGCCAGCGCUAUAAGCAAAUCAUCUGCCUGAAAUCAUCUUCUAACCCAGGAUCACCGCCUUUACUGUCAUGUUUAAUAACCUCACGAGCGGCGACUGCAAGGCAUUUUGUGUGCUAUACAUGCUUUAUUAUGUGUCAUAUACAACUGGAACUUUAUGCAAUUUUUUUAUUUAUGUGUCAGUCACUGGAUUUGUUCAUGUGUUGGGGGUAAUUUGGGAUGCUUAGGAUCGAUUGAGAGGUCUUGUACCAAACAUUCUAACUGAUGCAGUAAAGAUAAUUUAGACUGUUUUCAUGCUCACACACUUAAUCCAUCCCAUUUACAGUCAGAGCACUGAAUGACACAGGUAAAUGGUGAAGUAUGGAACUGCACAAGACUUUGGUGUCCAUUUAAAAUGUGUCUUUUAUACCUCUCUUUGCACUUGCCAUGGCCCUUCUAUGUUAAACACACUUGUUUAUAUGUUUGGACAUUUUAGUAGUUUUUUUACUGUUCAUUUGCGUCUGUUGGACCAUAUUUACGGUCCAUCCUGCUGAAAGAAGUGACUUGUGGGGACUUCCUCCCCAGACCCAUUUGUACACUGGCACAACCACACAGACUGCCUGGCUAAAGUGUGCUGCCAGGGCAUUUUUAAUUGUUUUGAACCCAGAGUGGACAAUCAAUGAUGUCUUUCUAACUUAACCUGAGCUGAAAUUUGUUAGGGGCUUUUUAUCACUAAUUUUCUAUUUUAAACGAAUUCCAAUGGAUUCUGUCAUGAUUUGAUUUAUGCAACUCUGCUGGAAUGAGAAAGUCUGCGUCUGUAAUUGUUUUGUGAUGUUGUUAACACAGACUCAUGUCCGGUAAUAGGAUAAGUUCCUUUCGUCUCUUUCCUCUGCUAUCGGUUUCAUCCUGUGGAGCGAAGGCAUUGACAUUCCAACAUUUCUGCACUAACUGUCAUUAAUUACCUAUCACUGAAUGUUUGAUUACUGUUUGCUACAGUGUACUUUAAUUAUUUUGUUUGUCUGUCUGAGAUGUAUGUAUAGAGGUAUUUGAAUUGUUAUUUUGUUAUUAUGAUUUCCUGUGUUAUUAAGAUUCAUUGCAAUGCCUCAGGUGACUUUGAAUCCAUGCACUGGAGUGAGUAUGUGUGCGUCAUCUCCCCAAUGACUUUGACUGUGCCUCUGUCCCAUCUGCCCCUUUCUGCCUCUGCUAGUAACCAUGAUCACCACUUUCAUUCUUUGUCCCUUCAUUUUUCUCUCACCCUGCCUUCUGAUUUUGCGUUUCCCACCAAAACAACAGAUGGGUGAAAUUGUGGGCUUCUGAUAUUUAUAAAUACUCUGCCUUGUUUUAAACUGAAAGGAUAGACACCAGCUCCUCCUCUUUCCCAUAAUCACCUCCCCAUUUUGCCUCCGUACAGGGGCCUCAGGGCCGUACCAGGGAGUGCUUUUUAGGUGGCAUGCCAGUGCUCAACUAUCACAACCUUCCUAGCAACAGCUACUGCUCCUCCAACCUGCCCUGCUCCGGCUCCUGUCGCCAUGGCAGACAGGUGUUCUAGGCAAACACACACACAUUACUAGCACCUUUCUGAGGGCUCCACCCAUAGCUGCAACACUAGCCCCAUCUGUUGCAGCACUACUAUGCCUUAUUUUCCCCAAGCUCACCCUCCUCCGAUCGCUUUCACCCCGCACUCAUAUGCCGCCUGCUACCUGUAUGUGCUCCCCAUGACAGAAAACUAAGGGGAUUACGAACAGUGAUGGGUGAUGAGAGUAAAAUCCUCUUUUUGUGCUUUGUGGUUUUGAAGAAUGUAUAAAAGCAUAGGCCUGGAUGGUAUCAAGGGGUUUUAAUUUUCCCAAAGCCUCUAGAAGAAACCACCCAGGACGCUGAUGUAAAGAUUGUAGGUUAUAGAUCAUAAUUGUGAAGGGGUCUGUAAUUCCCCUAUGCUGGUUUAGUUACUGGAGUUGUUAGUCUGGAUCAAUAUUUCUUAAUGUGUGAAGAGAAUGAUCAAGUCUUAGCCCUAGUAUGAUUUUGUCUUUUUACUCUAAAAAUUCUUGUACAUAUGUCAAAUGUUAGGGCUCUGUCCCCUUUCCAAAAAUUAUAUGAAUGCCUGUGCUAUAUUCUUUGUAAGUAAAAAAGCUUGAAAAUUCUACCAUUACUUGUCAACAUAUCAGACUGUUUUUAAUGCUGUCUUUAUUAGAAAUGUGAAAGUUGAAACAUUUCAUUAAAUCAAAUUGAAAUUC